AUGAAGUUACCUUUAGAGGAGUUUGACUUGAUUCUUGGCAUUGAUUGGUUGAGCAAGCAUCAAGUUAAUCUCGAUUAUGAGACCAAGAGAGUUGUUCUGAAGACUCUGGAUAACCGGAACAUUGUGAUGAUCAAGGAGCGUCAUGGAUUCCUGGCGAAUGUUGUAGCUGCCUUGGAAUUUCCCGAUGUUUCCCUUGAAGAGUUGCAUGGAUUGCCAUUGGAUAGAGAAGUUGAGUUUGAGAUUGAAGUCUAUUCUAGUUCAACCCCGGUUUCGAUGACUCUUUACCGUAUGGCCCCAAAGAAGCUUAAAGAACUGAAAGUUAUCGCUUAUGUAUCACGUCAGUUAAAGCCGCAUGAGCGCAACUAUCCUACUCAUGAUCUGGAGUUAGAUGCCGUGCUUCUAAAGGACUAUGAUUGUGAGAUAAAGUACCAUCCGGUGAAGGCUAAUGUGGUAGUCGACGCCUUGAGCCGUAAGACGAUAUCCAAUCUGAGAGCCUUGUUUGUCAGUUUGAGUUUGUUUGAUGAUGGUAGCAUGUUAGCAGAGUUACAGGUUAAACCCACUUUGGCCGAGAAGAUUAAGGUCAAACAGCUCCUUGAUAGCUCCUUACUUCCCAUGAUUGGGCAGGUGGUUGUGGAUCGACUCACCAAGUUAGCUCACUUUAUCCAUGUUCGGGUUAAUUAUUCUUUGGACAAGUUGGCUAGAUUGUAUAUCUCUAAGAUCUUUAGACUCUACGGUGUUCCGUUGUCUAUCAUCUCUGAUCGAGAUCUGAGUACAACUUUCCACCCACGGGCUGAUGGUCGGUCUAAGCAAGUGAUUCAGGUCCUAGAGGAUAUGUUACGGGGUUGUGUGAUUGAUUUUCAUGGUAGUUUGGAAGAUUUCUUACCUUUAGUCGAGUUUGCUUACAAUAACAAGUACCAAGCAAGUAUUCGCAUGGCACCGUAA